AUGUCAUCUUCAACAUCAGAUUCAUUUUUAACUACUCCAUUAUCUAAUAAAGUAACCGGUUAUGUAUCUUAUAUUCAAAAAAAAAAAUAUUUUACAGAACAACGUGUUCAUUCUAUGCGUCAAUUCUUUUUUCGUUUUGUUGGAGUUUCUGUUAUAUUAUAUUUUAUUUUUCAAUUACUUCUUUUAUUUAAUUUUCUUCUUAAAUUAAUAUUCCGUUUAUUAUUUCAAAUAUUCUCAAUUAUUAUUUUGCUUCUAUCAAAAUUUAUUCAACUAUUAUUACCUAAAACAACCAAUUAUAAUAUAUUAUUUUUCUUCAUUGGAUUUUGUUCAAUCUUAUCUUUUUUUAUUGCUAAAUUUUCACAUAAAAAUAUUGAAAUACAUCUUGGAAAACGUUACAAAUUAAUAAAACGUUAUUCAUUUAUGUUUACAUUCAUCACUCUUCUUCUUUUACAAUCUGUAUUAAUUCUUUUACCUACAACUGCAUCCAUACAAGAACAACGGAAAUUAUCCUCGACUCCAGUUCUUUUCAAGGAAGCAGUAAUAAAAUUGUCUGAGCAAAAAAUUGUUGGAACUACUGUACAAGAUAAUGCUUUUACAAAUGAUUUGAAAAAAAUUAAAAGAGAAUUAAAUGACAGGAAACGAGAAGAACAUAAUUCAAUUAAUGGUGGAAUAAAAACAAAUGAAAAUGGAAAAACUCCCGACGGAAAACAGAUGAUUAAUCUUGACAUCGAGUUGUCUUCUUCUCUUGGAAAAGACUCAGAAAUUGAAUCUAAUGUUGAAGAUGAUCAUUCAUAUUUAAUUAAUCACGCAAAUCAAGACAUAAGCACAGACGAAAAAUCAACUGUAUAUUUACGAAAUAAAAUUUCUCCCGGUGAAGCAGUAUUCAAACAAAAAGGAAACAAUCAGGCCGAUUCUGCUAAAGAAAUAAGUUCGAAUAUCCUGGAAAAAUCAUCUAAAUUUAUUCAAGAAAAACCUAAACAGAUCAAAGAAUUUCUAUCGGAUAUAUUAAAAGAAGAAAAAGACGGUAUAGUAAUAUUUCAUCAAAAAUUGAAUAAUUGGCUUGAUGAAGCUUGGAAUAUUUGGCAUCAAACUAAACUUGAUUUUCAAAACCUUUUCUCUUUAACAACUAAACAUACACAACAUUUACCUCGAUAUAAUGUUAGUUCAAUCUAUACAGCUUAUACUGAUCUUAAUUGUUAUGAUUAUACAAAAACAACUUAUGAUUAUUUUUUACCUAAACAAAAAUAUAUAUAUUUUCUUAAUACUUAUCGUCGUUAUUCACCGUUUCCUGUCUAUUUAUCUAUAUUAAAAUCUAAUGGACCAAAAUGUUAUCGGCAUUAUCCAAAUUCAUCAUGUGCAGUUAAUUCAAAAUUAAUUUUCUCAAAUUUAAAAGAAAAUUUAUAUCGAUUUGCAAAAUUUUCAAUUAUUAUUUGUUUACCAAUUAUUAUUUUAUUAAUUAUAUCGAAAAAUUUAAAAUACGGUCAAUAUCAUAAAAAGAAUGAACAAUUAUCCAAUGAAAAUCAACAAAUUAUGUCAAAUAAGACAGACAAUUUAUCAUUACAACAAACAUCUGCAAUUAUAAAUAAUAAUAAUAAUAAUAUUAAUUAUGUAUUAGAUGAAAAAAUUGAAAAAGAAUUACAUUCAUGGCUUGAAUAUGAACAAAAUGAUGGUUAUCAAAAUCUUAGUGAAGCAUGUCGAAUUGCAUUAAAUAAGACAUUUUCGAAAAAUAAUGAACAACUGAAUAUAGAAACAUUACAAUUUUCUAAUGCAAAAAUUCAUGAUGUUUCUCAAGCAUCAGUUGAAACGAUUGUCAUCCAUGCAGUACUCGAUAUUGUGCAUUUAAUUUUUAAUAUUGUUAAUAUAGCAAAAUGUCAACAUUAUUCAAUUGAAAUACCAAAAUUAACUGGUAACCUUGAAAUUUUCCUGACUAGUUCUACAAAUAAAUAUUCAAUUGAAGUUAAAUUUAAACAAAUUGAAAUUGAUAAUGCUGAAAUUAUUGAUUCGAAAAAUAUUUUAUCAUCUGAUGACAAAGAAUCAAUUAUUAAAUUAUUUAAAGAAAUAAUUCGGCAAACUGUUGUUCAACUUUGUUGUCAUCUAUCAUCAGAUCAUCAAGAAAAUAUUGUUAAUGAAUCGAAGAUUGUUACUUCAAAGGAACCAUCUAUUCAACAAAUUUCACCUGAACCUUCUCAAGUCUAUCAGCCAUAUGAAAUCCCUCUUCUACCAACAAUUAGUGAAAAUAAUCAAGAACUAUUGCCUGAAAAAGAAGCAAAAAAAUUACUUGUUCGCAUUGUUAAAGCUGUUAAAUUACACGAUGUUGAACAACCAUUUUGUAUUGUUGAAUUAAAUCAACCUAAACAAAUUCAUCAAACAAGUAUUGCAAAAAAUGGUCUUAAUCCUUUUUGGGAUGAAGCUUUUCUAUUCGAUAGUAACGAUAAAAGUAAUCAAAUACGUUUAAAAAUUAUCGAUCGUAAAAAACCAAAUAAAAAACAUAAUAAUCAUAUCAGUUUGUUCAUUCAUUUAUUCUUUCUUCCUUAUUUAAUUUAUUUUAUUUUUUCCUUUUUUCCAAGUUGA